GGGGGACACCCACAGUGUUACUGGGUAGAACUGGGUCGCCGUCGGCGCGGUAGUUUAGGACUAGCCAGGAGGGCAGCGAGAGGUUCGAGCCCGCGCGGACUUAACGCGUUCCUCUGGGCAUCUCUGAGCUAGCUCCCCAUCCCUGCCUCAGGGUCGGGGGGAAGCGGCGUGUCCCGUGGCGCGGGGUCGGUCUGGAGCGCCAUGAGCAGCCCGGAUGCGGGAUACGCCAGUGACGACCAGAGCCAGCCCCGGAGCGCGCUGCCCGCGGUGAUGGCAGGGUUGGGCCCCUGCCCCUGGGCCGAGUCCCUGAGCCCCCUUGGGGACGUAAAGGUGAAAGGAGAGGUGGUGGCGAGCAGUGGGGCGCCAGCCGGGACUUCGAGUCGAGCCAAGGCAGAGUCCCGGAUUCGGCGGCCGAUGAACGCCUUUAUGGUGUGGGCUAAAGACGAGCGCAAGCGGCUGGCACAACAGAACCCGGAUUUGCACAACGCGGAGCUGAGCAAGAUGCUAGGCAAAUCCUGGAAGGCAUUGACGUUGGCGGAGAAGCGGCCUUUCGUGGAGGAGGCCGAACGGCUGCGCGUGCAGCACAUGCAGGAUCACCCAAACUACAAGUACCGGCCGCGGCGGCGCAAGCAGGUGAAGCGCAUGAAGCGGGUGGAGGGAGGCUUCCUACACGCUCUGGCGGAGCCCCAGGCCGGCGCGCUGGGCCCGGAGGGCGGUCGCGUGGCUAUGGACGGCCUGGGCUUGCCUUUUGCGGAGCCCGGGUUCGCGGCCGGCCCGCCGCUGCUGCCCCCGCAUAUGGGCGCCCACUACCGCGAUUGCCAGGGCCUGGGCGCCCCUGCGCUCGACGGCUACCCUCUGCCCACUCCGGACACAUCCCCGCUGGAUGGCGUGGAGCAGGACCCGGCCUUCUUCGCUGCACCGCUGCCGGGAGAGUGCCCGGGGGCCAGCGCCUACACUUACGCACAGGUCUCGGACUACACUGUGCCCGCCGAGCCUCCCGCGGGCCCCGUGCGAGUGGGACCAGACCCUUCGGGGAUCCUGGCGCCCCCCAGCGCCUUGCACCUGUACUACGGCGCCAUGGGCUCCCCCGCCUCAAGCGCCGGGCGCGGUUUCCACCCGCAACCCCAGCAGCCGCUGCAACCGCAGGCACCGCCGCAGCCGCCUCCGCAGCAGCAUCAGCACCCCGCGCAUGGCCCGGGGCAGCCUUCGCCUCCUCCCGAGGCUCUGCCCUGCCGGGAGGGCACGGACCCCAACCAGCCCACCGAGCUCCUAGGGGAGGUGGACCGCACGGAAUUCGAACAGUAUCUACAUUUUGUGUAUAAGCCCGAGAUGGGUCUUCCCUACCAGGGACAUGACUGCGGUGUGAACCUCUCAGACAGCCACGGAGCCAUUUCCUCCGUGGUGUCCGACGCUAGCUCAGCGGUCUACUACUGCAACUAUCCAGACAUUUGACGGUUGCCUACCCGACCUGCGGGCCAGAAGCAGUGUUACACACUUCCUGGAAGCGCUGAGGAAAUCCUUAGCGUCGAGCUGUUUUGUUUUUAAGUUGUCUUGGCGUAUAAUUUAUGAUAAUUUAUUUUGUCUGCCACUUGAACAGUUCAGGGGCUAUAUGAGAUUUUGUUUAAAAUGUAUUGAGGGACUUCUUCCCCCUACACCACUGGUUCAGUUUCAACCAGUUUUUAAUAUCUCACCAACUUAUUCCAUUUCCCGAAAGUGUUUUGAUCCGAAGAAAUUUUGUCCUUCGUGUUUUUUUUCAAUCUAAACAAAAAAUAAAAUCUGGAAUCUUUUUAAAAUCAAUCUCUAUCACAUUGGUUUUAUCUGAAGGUAAUUUAAAGAUACCGUGAAUAUCACACAAUUAGAAGUGUAUUGCUGAUUGUAGGUUUCAUUUCUUACAAUGGUACACCUAAAUACUUUCAAGAAACCCUAAAUAUACAGUUAGGAUGUUCAGAUGUAAUGGUAUUGUUCAGCUACGAAAAAUUUCCCACAGCCUGAACUUGCUUUGUAUACUCCAAAUGACACUGGUUUUUAAAAAAUAUGUUGUAAAUGUUUAUAAUUCUGUAAACUUUAAUAAGAGAUUGUCCAAACAAUUCUGGUUUAUUUUUUCAGACCUAUCCUUGACCUGCAUAAAGGGACUUUUCAGAUAAUGUGUGUUUGCCACUUGUCUUUUCUUCAAAAAGUCUUGAUCCCUCAUCCCACGAAAUUUGCCUUUAAUGCCCACAC